UCCUGUUAACUUAUUAAGCCCGUCUAGCUAAGAAGCUAAAAUAUAUAUAUAUCCCGUGAUGGCAAUACUGUAGCGGUCUACUACUGAUUGAAAUUAAUUAUUUAAUAUCUAUUGUAAUCAUUGUCAAAACUUUUUAUCAACCCUGCAUAUUCGUGAUUUGUCUUAAUGAAGCUAACCGAAGGAUAUUCAGAAACAGCGCAACGUUAACGGAUAUCAGAUGGGGCCUUCACUGAAACUUUCAAAUGGAUAUGUUUUACCCGAAGGCAAAAUGACACCAAACACACUUUUUGUUGGGGGAAUCGACACGAAGGUGGACGAGAACGAAAUAAAGGACUUCUUUGCCAGAUAUGGCCCAAUAAAAGAAGUGAAAAUAAUAACAUACCGCGGGGGCAUAUGCAAAGGAUAUGGCUUUGUGUACUUCAAUGAUGACGUCGAUAUACAGACCAUAGUUGAACAACAGAUCAGUUUUAAAGGACGAAAACUCAAGUUGGGACCAGCCAUCAUGAAGGAGAGAAGCUCACGUGCUGUGCAGUCUCACCUUGUUGGCAGUGCUUCAUGGAUGACUCCCCCCCAGUACAUCUAUUGCAGCUGUUGCCCCCCAACUCUCAGCGCCCCUCCGAACUCUCCGGUCCUCAGCGCGGCCGGGCAGUACUUACAGCCUUACCCAUACUCUAGUCUGCCUGGAGUCAUGAUCCCUCAGAUGCCUGUAGGCUACGCACAGACUGCCUGCGCUUAUCAGUAUGCCUCUCCACACUGGUCAGGGGAACAGAGGACGCGACUCAUCAAUCAGAACUAUGUGGACUGUGGAGUGCAGACUUUACUGACGUUGCUGUAGUUUGAGCCCCCUCUAGCACUAUCAACUUGUGCAGGGGUUCUUGUCGUGGCAUUGCUCCUAAGAGGAAUGAGGAAAGAACAAGAGACCUCCACCUCCUGAUAUCAGUAGGACUCCCAAGUUCUGCACCUCAACUGCCCAGGAGACAGGCAUUCUAUAACCCUCCUGCCCUACCAUGAGCCUGCAGUGGGUCUACAUCCUCCACCCUGGGGUGCUUUGUGUGUGUGUGUGUGUGAGUGUGUAUAUGUGUGUGCGCAUGCGUGAGUGAGGGGUUGGGAUGCAUUUUUUUGCAUAUUUAUAUUUUAUGUACAUGGUUACCUUUGGGGUUUUACUGGAGUGUGUUUGUUUGUGAUACUGUGUCCUUACGUUUGGCACAUGUAGAAACUUCAGUAUGUUCCUGUGAUAUAGUUCAACUUUUUUUCAGCCCAGACUGGCAGGCAUUAAUUAACAUUAAUCAAUUAACCAUUUAAUAGUAGUCAGGAAAAUGGCUACUGCUCCCCACUGGCAUUUCGGACACCGUUUUGGGUGAAUUUUCUUUUUUAAUACGCAAAAUUUAUUUAGUCGUGUGUUUAUGUGCAUCAAAUAAGGGGGUGAAUCACUUGAGUAAAUCAGUUAAUUUUUUAACUUGCCUAUCACGCACACACGUGAUUUCUCCUGCUAGUCUGGGGCUGUGUGUUGUUUGUGCAGUGUAGACGGAGGCAAUUCGAUCAUUAGACUCUCUGCAGUUGUCCCUUCGGUUGUUUGGUGGCGUUUGGCCGCUGUCGGGGUUGGCGAGCGAGCUGGAACAAUCACUGCAUUAAUUUUUGAGCUGUCUGGGGGAGUCUGGAACGGUCCACUCCAUUCAAGGCUUUGGCGGGGGGGUUGUUGAACGAUUUAAUUCACUGCAAUGAAGGACUAACCACGUGUUCUAUCAGCACUGAUUUUUUUUGACACUUGUUUUUGCUGUGUGUGUUUGAUUUGUUUUGGGGUUUAUUUUUUGCCUGCACUGAAAAAAGUUUUAUUCACAUUUGGAGUUUUAAUCUUUUUGCUUGAGUGAUUUAAAACAGAAAAAAAUAAUAAUUAACUUAUAAUUUCUGCAGUGAUAAUGUUUGUAAAAAAAAAAAAAAAGAUAUAUGUAUAAAAAUCAAUAGUGUGUGACUGAGUAGGUGUAGUUUAGCAGCUCUCCUGUCAGCCUCUUUAUCGAGUGUUUUUAAAAGCGACCGUUUUAAACCACCUGUUCGUUUCUGCAUGUGGCCGGCUAGAUCAUUUGGCUGGGUGUGCUUCCCUGGGUGACCUGUUCACGUUGUUUGGUGUUUUGUGCUCGAAUAGAAAUAAAUAAAUAAAUAUGCAACCAGGCUCUGAUUUUA